UCUUUUUCUUUUCUUUUCUCUUUCUUCAUCACAAGACCAAAAAAAAAAACCUCUCUUCUUUUCUUUGUCUGAUUUUCUCUCCAAACCAAACCAGAGAGCGACCGGCGAGCAUAACAACCUCGCCGGAGAUUCGCCUCUACUCUUCCCAUUUUCUCUCUCUUCGACUUCACACAAUUUUCCAUUAUUUUUCUCAAAAAUGAACCUUUAAUAUCAGAAUUAUUCAUCUUUUUCAUUUUCUUUGUGAUAAAUUAUAUCUGAUAUUGCAAUGUGGAAAGAACAAGGUUUUUGUUGGACCAAACAUCAUGAGAUCUUUUGUUUCUGAAUUCCUUAUGCUGUAGACGGUUUUUGAGAUUCAGUUUUGUUUUGUUUUUUGCUCAAUUCUAUGGUGAAACAUUGAUAAGGAAGAUUUUUGGAUUUUUCUGCUAGCUUGGUUUUGUUCGAAUUGUUAACAAGAUGAUGAUGAGUAGAGUUCAACAAAGCUAGCAAGUGAGGAUAUAAUUCUGUAUCAUUUCUCUUUCUAUAAUUUCUGGCUAAGCUAUAGGAUGCCUUUUGAAAUAAUGAACCAGAGGGGUGUUACUGCUUCAUCCCAUCUUUAUGAUGAUGGUUCCUAUGCAUCCGAGAGGAGUGUUGGAUUAAGGAAGCCAAAAUCUAUUCAUGAUGAUUAUCCACAAGGGAAGAGUGAAAUGGCAGCUUCACCUGGAGGCAUUUUGCAUACUUCAUCAGCCCUCGAGAGAAAUGCAAAAAUAGGCUUGCCAAUGUCACAGACUAGUUUAUCUGGGGAAGUUAUAGAAAACGUACACUUUGGUGCACAAGCUGGCAUGGUAGAUGCGCUGAAGGAUUCAAAGGAAUCAUUGAAUUAUCACCCGAGAUCAUGGUCUGAUGUGCAUAGGCAGCCAGCAUCUAGCUCAUAUGGUUUAAUUGGGAACAAGAUUGUCACCAAUGCAGGCGCACGUGAAAGCAGUCUAUUCUCAAGCUCACUGUCCGAUAUGUUUAGCCAAAAGUUGAGGUUCUUGGGAAAUGGUGUUCAGUCUGAUCAGAAUAUUACUGCUGGUUCUCUUCCCGAGGAAGAACCAUACAAAUCUCUUGAAGAAAUUGAGGCUGACACUAUAGGGGAUCUCCUUCCCGACGAAGAUGAUCUGUUUUCCGGUGUCACCGAUGGUUUAGGAGGCAGUGCUCAUGCUAGAGCAAGUGAUGAUUUUGAAGAUUUUGAUUUGUUCAGCAGUGGUGGAGGCAUGGAGUUGGAAGGAGAUGAACUUUCAGCUUCAGGAAAAAGAAUCAGUGGCUUGGAUGGUGAUCCUGCUUACUCUGGGGCUUUUAAAGGCAAAAGUUCUUUUGGUGAACAAUCUUCUAGAACACUUUUUGUUGGAAACAUUACUAGCAAUGCAGAAGACUCGGAGCUAAAGGCUCUCUUUGAGCAAUAUGGAGAUAUCCGAACCCUUUAUACUGCCUGCAAGCAUCGUGGGUUUGUUAUGAUUUCUUACUAUGACCUAAGGGCAGCACAAAAUGCAAUGAAAGCACUUCAAAAUAGGACAUUGAGUUCUAGGAAACUGGAUAUACGUUAUUCAAUUCCAAAGGGAAAUCCUACAGAGAAGGAUAUUGGCCAUGGUACACUGAUGAUAUCUGGUCUUGAUUCAGCUGUUUUGAAAGACGAACUAAAACGUAUUUUUGGAUUUUAUGGAGAAAUCAAAGAGAUCUAUGAAUAUCCAGAGAUGAAUCAUAUCAAAUAUAUUGAAUUUUAUGAUGUUCGAGGUGCAGAAGCUUCUCUCCGUUCAUUGAAUGGAAUCUGCCUUGCUGGGAAACACAUCAAGCUUGAACCUGGUCAUCCUAGGAAUGCAAUACGUAUGACUCAGCCAUCUCAAAAGGGACAAGAUGAACCUGAUCUUGGUCAUAAUCUCAAUGACAUCUUAUUCUUAAGACAGAAGGCCGGACUAUCUUCUGGAGUUAUUGCAUCUGGUGGAAGCUUGGAAAAUGGAUAUAAUCAAAGAUUCCAAUCUGCAUCACAGCUGCCUUUGAAUGCUUUCUUUGAUAACACAAAUUUUCACGUGAAUUCUAGUAUUUCCAACACCACAAGAGGGGCAUCUGCUGUAAAAGUAUCUGGUGACUCCAGUAAUGUUGAUGCAAUGAAAUUUGCAUCUAUUCCAAGAUUGCACCCUCAUUCUUUGCCUGAGUAUCGUGAUGGUUUAGCUAAUGGUAGUCCUUACAAUUUGUCAAACACCAUUAAAAUGGCUGUCAACAUUGGAACUGGAUCCACAGAAGCAUCUGAUGGCAGGCAUAUUCAGGGAAUGAUCUCAACUGGGAACUUGGCAGAUUUUAAUGCAGGAGGAAAUGGGAGCCUUCCCCGUCAUCAGCUUUAUCAUAUGUGGAAUGGCUCAAACUUGCGUCAGCAAUCUCCAUCAAAUGCUGUGGUUUGGCAGAAAACGCCAUCUUUUGUUAAUGGCGUUGGUUCUCCUAGUCUUCCUCAGAUGCCUAGCUUUGCCAGGACACCGGCUCAUAUGCUGAGAGCAUCACAUAUAGACCACCAUGUUGGAUCUGCACCAGUUGUUACGGGAUCACCCUGGGAAAGACAACAUUCUUACUUGGGAGAGUCUCCUGAUGCUCCUGGGUUUAGAUUGGGUUCUCUAGGAAAUGCGGGUUUUCAUGGUAGCUGGCAGUUGCAUCCUCCGGAUCUUUCAAGCAACAUGUUUUCUCAUAUUGGUGGGAAUGGGAACGAUUUGACAUCCAAUGUUGGGCAUGGCUCUCCUAAACAGUUGCCACAUGUCUUCCCUGGGAGACUUCCCAUGACUUCAAUGUCGAAAUUUGAUUCUACCAAUGAACGAAUGAGAAACUUCUAUCAUCGUAGAAGUGAAGCGAACAAUAACAAUGCUGAUAAAAAACAAUUUGAACUUGACCUAGGCCGCAUAUCGCGUGGGGAAGACAACAGAACAACGCUGAUGAUAAAAAAUAUUCCCAACAAGUAUACUUCAAAGAUGCUUCUUACAGCCAUAGAUGAGAGUUGUCGGGGAACUUAUGAUUUUCUGUAUUUGCCAAUUGAUUUCAAGAACAAGUGUAAUGUUGGCUAUGCAUUCAUCAAUAUGAUUGAUCCUGGUCAAAUAAUUCCAUUCCACCAGGCUUUUCAUGGGAAAAAAUGGGAGAAGUUUAACAGUGAAAAGGUAGCAGUACUUGCAUAUGCCCGAAUUCAAGGAAAAUCUGCUCUUAUUGCUCAUUUCCAGAAUUCAAGCCUGAUGAAUGAAGAUAAACGUUGCCGCCCUAUUCUAUUCCAUACAGAUGGUCCAAAUGCCGGUGAUCCGGAGCCUUUUCCCUUGGGUGCAAAUAUUAGAGUAAGGCCAGGAAAAUUACGUAGUAGUGGCAACGAGGAGAGCCGUAGUCAAGGGAAUUCUUCAAUUUUGGCAAAUGCAGAGGAGUUUGCAAGUGGAGUAGAUUCUUCACCAAGUUCUUCAAGAGACACUGACUGAUUUAAGCCUCAAGCACUAACAGUUCAAUGCUGCGUGCCAUGUCAACUCCGUCAUUGUAUAUUACAUUUUAUUUGUGUGUGUGAGAGAGAGAAGAGUUGGAGCAGCCGGUAGGAAACGAGGGCUCACAAUUUUGGACUUAUAGAGGAGCCUUGAAAAAGUUUUUGAAGGUCGAGGUACAUAACUGGAAUGAAGUCAAUGAUUCUAGUAUCUUCUUUAUUUACCUAAAUUUUUGUAUGGAACCAUUCUACCAUCUUACAAGUUUUAGAGAGACUUGCUUAACUGAAGCUUAAAAUUUUGGUUAGCUUUGAAUGCACAAUUUGCAGUUCCCUGGAGAUAGUGCACGUCAUUGUGUGUUUCAAGGGUUCUUUGCUCAUUUUGUUUUCAUUAUUGUUGUUUCUGAUGUUCAUAUGUAAUUUUGUUUGUAUCCCCGAGCAUUGGUGUCUUUAUAGGAUUUUUGUCUAUAUGUUGGGAUUGUUCAAGGAGGUUAUUCAAUUGAAACUUUCAUUUUGAUUCGUA